AUGGAAAUAGAUAUGGUUGAAGCUCAACCAAUAGCUGAAGAGGUGUUUCAAACAUUUGAUUCUAUUCAAGUAGAAGGACAAAGCAUUAUAGAGAUUGACAACGAACAAGCUUUGGGUAUUCAAGUCUUAGAGAGUGCACUGGUUUUUUUAUAUGUUUAUGCAUAUGGAUCAUCAAUAUCUGGUUGGAAUCAUUGUAGACUAGUGAUUUCUAUUGAUGCAACUUUUUUGAAGUCAAAAUUUCGUGGUGUUUUAAUGAUUUCAGUUUCAAAGGAUGUAAAUAACCAAAUUUUCCCACUAGCCUUUGGAAUAGCAGAAUCUGAAAAUAACAAUUCCUAUGAGUGGUACUUUAGUGAGCUUCGCAAUGCAAUUUGGAGCCGUGAGAAUUUAAUUUUUUUAUCAGAUAGGCAUCAAGCUAUUGCAUAUGCCAUCGCAAAAGUAUAUCCUGAAAGCCACCAUGGGAUUUGUAUCUAUCAUUUGGAGCACAACCUAAAGCGAAGGAAAGUGAAAAGUAAGGUCAUAAAACUUUUUCAAAGUGCUGCAAGAGUAUACAGGCGCAAAGAAUUUGAUCUUUACAUGUCAGAUAUAGCAAAAGUAGAUAAGAAGACUUAUGACUACUUGAUGGAAGAACCACCAGAAAGGUGGGCACGUUCUUGUAGUCCACAACGAAGAUAUGACAUGCUCAUAACAAACAUAGUUGAGUCAAUGAAUUCUGUCCUAUUAGAAGCACGGGAGCUGCCUAUAUUAAGAAUGAUGGAUUUCAUUCAAGUGAAGCUACAACAGGAGGAAUUGAAGAAAAAGAUAGAUUUAGCAUUUACUUUGAAUGUCUUCCCUGUUGAUUCAUGGCAUUCUAGAGUUGAAGAAGAAGGAAUAACAUUCUUGGUGGACUUAAACAAAAGAACAUGUGAUUGUUUUCAGUUUCAAUUUGAUGAAUUACCAUGCAUACAUGCAAUUGUAGUUAUCGAGAAGAGAAACAUCAAGAAGUCCAACUUUUGCUCGCACUGGUACUUAAAGGAAUCUUGGCUGAAAAUAUAUGAAAGGCGAAUACAUCUUGUAGGACAUACUGAUUCUUGGAUUGUACCAGAGAGUGUUAAGUCACAAAUUGCUAAACCUCCAGAUUUCAAAGUGCCACCAGGUAGAAGGCAGAAGAAAAGGUACGGUGCUGCACGUGCGAGGGGAAAAGCCACAGAUGCGAAGUUUGGGCUGGGGAGCAGUUUUCGUAGAAGCGGUCGAGGUGGCCGCAUCUGCGAAGCU